AAAUUCCCAAGUGCCUCUCUCUAGUCUAUACUAGUCUCAAGCCAUAUCAACUUCCUUCACAUUCAAUAUUUAUCUCUACAACUCAUUCCCAUCUUUUCCUCAAACAUGGUGCUUUUGUCUAAACCAGCUACUGAAUGCUGCUCUAGUUAUAGCAGAAACCUCAAACUCUCCAAGUCAUCCUCCUCUGGAAUCCCUGUCAUAGACCUGUCCAAACCAGACUCCAAGCAACUCAUUGUGAAGGCUUGUGAGGAGUUUGGAUUCUUCAAAGUCAUCAACCAUGGUGUUCCUAUGGAUUUCAUUAACAGAUUGGAAUCUGAGGCCAUCAAAUUCUUUUCCUUGCCAGAUUCUGAGAAAGAAAAAGCAGGUCGUGCUGAUCCAUUUGGAUAUGGCAGCAAGCAUAUUGGGAGAAAUGGUGAUGUGGGCUGGGUUGAGUACCUUCUACUUAAAGCCAACAUAGAAGCCAAUUCUGACAGAUUCAAAUUAGUCUAUGGAACAAACCCAGAUGAGUUUCGUUCUGCUCUGAAUGAUUAUAUUCAAGCUGUGAGGACUAUGGCUUGUGAGAUUCUUGAACUGAUGGCAGAAGGAUUGAAUAUUGGGCCAGGGAAUGUGUUCAGCAAGUUCUUGUUGGAUGAACAGAGUGACUCUUUAUUCAGGCUCAAUCACUACCCACCAUGCCCAGAGCUUCAAGGUUUGAGUGAACACAGUGACAGAAAUGUGGUUGGAUUUGGAGAGCACACAGACCCUCAAAUCAUUUCCAUACUAAGAUCCAACAACACCUCUGGCCUCCAAAUUUUGGGAGAUGGCACUUGGAUUUCAGUGCCUCCAGACCAGUACUCCUUCUUCAUUAAUGUUGGUGAUUCUCUAAAGGUUUUGACAAACGGGAGGUUUCAAAGUGUGAGGCACAGGGUUUUAGCAAAUGGGUCAAAAUCAAGGGUUUCGAUGAUCUUCUUUGGGGGAUCACCCUUGACUGGAAAAAUAGCUCCAUUGCCAUCUAUCAUGAAAGAAGAGGAACAGAGCAUGUACAAAGAGUUCACAUGGUUCGAGUACAAAACUGUUUGCUACCACUCAAGAUUGGCUGACAAUAGGCUUGGACACUUUGAGAGAAUUGAGGCCUCUUAAAAUAAAACCAAAUCUAUAAAAAAGAAAAAGAAAAA